AUUCGCCAAUAUAUUUAGUAAUACAAAGCAAACCUUAUCAUAUGCAGCAUCAAUUGACUACCUUGUACAUCGCAGCCAGAAUUGUUGAGGACGACCAAAUAUAAAACCUUGCCACAUAUAAUGACACCAAGAAGAGUGGGGGUAGUGGGUGUCUUAUUAUUACUUUUUGGAGGAGGUCAAGUGGCGUUUGGACUUGAAAAAAAUGUCGACAUAACAAUCGACCCACAACUCAUCCCUCAAGUAAUCAUCGAGCUAAAUAACUAUACCACUUUCUCCAAACUCGACCUCAAAGUGUCAGAAGAGGCUGAAGAUGACUUUUACAUGAGAGUCGCAAGGGUCUCUGGUAGCGUGAAUGAAGCAGAUGAACUCCUUAUCAAUGGUGAAUCCACUAAGUUUGACAUCACCUUUGCCAAUCUACUCAAAGCCAAAACGGUCAGCAUUUCAGGAUCGUUUCACAACAGUGACGCGGUCUUGCUCGUCAACUUGUACGUGGAACGGAAGAAAACUGAUUCUCCGUUAUGGGUCCAGUGCGAACAAGACAAUUUCAUCCCAUCCAAGUUGAAAUGCAAUGGACAAAAUAAUUGCGAAUCGGGAAAGGACGAAGAAGGCUGUGAUCGUCCCACGACCACACCUAGUGGGGAGUCUGGUGGAAUGGCGUGGAAAGAUGUCCAAUACUUGUUGACCAUCCUCCUCGCCGGAUUAUUCUUCAUCCUGUCGCCCAUCUGCAUUGUGAUCUUCCUCUUUUAUCAUCGACGCAUGAGCGCAGCCAGGAUGGAGUUGGAGCGUCAGCAGGUUCCGAGACCUACACAAGCACCGGAAGUUUACACGUCGGUGACGCCAACGAAUGACGUCCCCCCAAGUUAUGAGGAUUUUCACCAGUUGAAAACACCACCACCCCCAUUUCACUCGCUGCGUCCUCCUGUGUAUGCCGACACGACUCCGUCCACGUCUUCGUCAACAACGUCAGUUAAUUCGAGAACAGAAGAGUAACAAAGACCAACCAGAAGAAAAAUAUUGAUAUACUUUUCAUAUAAAAUCUUAUUUAUUAUUAUUAAUUAUCACUAUUAUGUAAUGUACUUAUCCGCAUCGAAUGCAAAACACCCUCACAAUAAAAACAAAUAUGUACAUAUGUAAUUA